CAGCAAUGUUCCAGCUCCUCUUUGACCUCGGUGACUACGCUACCACCUACCGCGCCACCCGCGAUGCCUACUUGAAGGCUGCCAACGAGCUCAAGCUCGCCACCGGCCCCUACAAGGCUGCCCGUGACGCCUACGUUGCUGGCACUGCCACCUACACCAAGUCCCUCUACGAGUAAAAAUCGGAACUGGAUAUGUAAUAAAUGGCUGUUAUUUUU